AUGUCCUAUCCCCAGUUUGGAUACCCCUAUUCCUCUACUCCCCAGUUCCUGAUGACCACCAACUCCCUGAGCACGUGCUGCGAGUCGGGCGGCCGCACACUGGCUGACUCCGGGCCUGCAGCCUCAGCACAGGCGCCGGUCUACUGCCCUGUCUACGAGAGCCGGCUGCUGGCCACUGCCCGCCACGAACUCAAUUCAGCCGCCGCGCUCGGCGUCUAUGGAAGCCCCUACGGCGGCUCGCAGGGUUACGGCAACUACGUGACCUACGGCUCUGAGGCGUCUGCUUUCUACUCGCUGAACAGCUUCGAGUCCAAGGAUGGCACAGGAUCUUCACACGCCGGCCUAGCACCCGCAGCCGCAGCUGCAGCCUACUAUCCUUAUGAGCCAGCUCUGGGCCAGUACCCCUAUGACAGGUACGGGACCGUGGACAGCGGCACUCGGCGCAAGAACGCCACCCGGGAGACCACCAGCACGCUGAAGGCCUGGCUGCAGGAGCACCGCAAGAACCCGUACCCCACCAAGGGAGAGAAGAUCAUGCUGGCCAUCAUCACCAAGAUGACCCUCACGCAGGUCUCCACCUGGUUCGCCAACGCGCGCAGGCGCCUCAAGAAGGAGAACAAGAUGACCUGGCCACCUCGAAAUAAGUGCGCAGAUGAGAAGCAGAGGCCCUACGGGGAGGGCGAGGAGGAGGAGGCCGGUGAGGAGGAGUCGCGGGAGGAGCCUCUUAAGAGCGCCAAGAGUGAAGGUGCCAUUGGCAAAGAGGACAAGGAGCUAGAACUCAGUGACCUGGAAGACUUCGACCCUCUAGGCGCAGAGACCUCAGAGUGCGAUCUGAAGACGCCCUUUCAGCCCCUCGACAGCGGACCAGAGAGGAUUUCUGCUUCAUCUGACGGCCCCAGCACAGGCAAGGAGGCCUCCGCCACGCUCCGGAUGCCCCUGGGCACCGCUGGUGGAGCUGCCAUGGAUGAGGACCUGGAGAGGGCACGGAACUGCCUCCAGAGCACAGUGGUUGCGCCAGACUCUGGCGCCGAUGGCGGCCCACAGUCCUGCGAAGCCAAACUGAGCUUUGCUCCGGCGGUGGCGCCGCCGACCCUGGAGACCAAGCCCCGUAUCUGGUCCUUGGCGCACACAGCCACCGCGGCUGCAGCCACAGCUCUGAGCCAGACUGAGUUUCCCUCCUGCAUGCUGAAACGCCAAGGUCCGGCGGGUGCAUCCACGGCGCCGCCGGCAUCUUCGCCUGCAGUCCCUUCUGUGGCCCUGGAUAGGCACCAGGACUCCCCAGUAACUAGUCUCAGAAACUGGGUGGAUGGGGUAUUUCACGACCCCAUCCUUAGGCACAGCACUUUGAACCAGGCCUGGGCCACCGCUAAGGGCGCACUUCUGGAUCCUGGCCCUCUAGGACGCUCACUGGGGGCGGGCACCAACGUACUGACGACGCCCCUGGCUUGCUCCUUUCCGCCCACGGUGCCCCAAGACGUCCCACCCGCGGGGGCCUCCCGGGAGCUGCUGGCUACGCCCAAGGCCGGUGGCAAACCCUUCUGCACUUAA